CCUUUACCAGAGUGGUUUGAACUUUGCUCACUACUUUCUCUAGUCAUCAGGGUCAGGCAGGCCAAUGGGAUGUUAUCCUUAAAAACACUGAGCGGCUAGAGAGAUCGCCCCUGCACACUAGUUAAACAAGCAGAGAGGAGUGGCAGGUGGGUGCAGCGGUUAACAGAGGCAGCAGAACAUCCAGGAUGGCUGGAAGGAGACGAGGCCGAGGCAGCAACGUCCAGCAACAACAGGCCCCGCAGAACCAAAGAAGAGGCCCUUGCAGGGCUCUGCGGGAGCCAGCUGCUUUUGCCAAGUCUACAGGUUGUGAAUCAGAGAUCCCCCAUGAUAAGCUGACUAUUGCCCAAGCGAGGAGGGGCACACCAGCUCAUCGUCCAGUGCGAGUCUAUGCUGACGGGAUCUUUGAUCUGUUCCAUUCGGGACAUGCUCGAGCUCUGAUGCAGGCCAAAAACGUGUUCCCCAACACUCAUCUAAUAGUGGGAGUCUGCAGUGAUGAACUCACCCACAAGUUUAAGGGCUACACGGUGAUGACAGAGGAUGAACGCUAUGAGGCCCUGAGGCACUGCCGUUAUGUUGAUGAGGUGGUGCGGGAUGCUCCCUGGACCCUUACCACUGAGUUCCUCAAGAAACAUAAGAUUGACUUUGUGGCCCAUGAUGAUAUCCCAUACACCUCUGCUGGAUCAGAGGAUGUUUAUAAACACAUCAAGGAAGCAGGAAUGUUUGUGGCCACUCAGAGGACAGAGGGCAUCUCCACAUCUGAUCUUAUCACUCGCAUUGUGCGAGACUAUGACAUCUAUGUUCGACGCAACCUGCAAAGAGGCUACACAGCCCGAGAACUGAAUGUUGGAUUCAUUAAUGAAAAAAAGUACCGGCUCCAGAACCAGGUGGACAAGAUGAAGGAAACAGUCCGCACGGUGGAGGAGAAGUCCAAACACUUUGUCUACAGAGUGGAAGAAAAGAGCCAAGAUCUCAUUCACAAGUGGGAAGAGAAGUCACGAGAAUUCAUUGGCAACUUCUUGGAGCUUUUUGGACCUGAUGGAGCCUGGCAUGCGAUUCAGGAGCGGAGUGGCCGUAUGCUCCAGGCCCUGUCACCCUACUCCUCACCCCGUGGCUCCCCCAGCAGCAGUCCCACCAGACAACGCUCAGCUUCUCCUGACUCCUCCCCUGCCUCUCCCUCCCUCUCUCCAUCUUCUCUCUCCCCUCCUUCAUCUCCGUCCUCCCCCUCCUCACCUAAAAAGGGGACACACUCCUCUCUCAAGGCUGCCUCCACACACAGUAGACAUGCACAAUGAGCUCCUCAUUCUUCAGUCAUCUUUAUUGGUCUUAGACACCACUGGUCAUUAAUUUGGCACAUACUAUUUCUAAGGAGGCCAUUAAUAAAAUCAACAAAUGAAAAGGAAGCACUUUCAUUUAUUACCUGUUUAUUCAAGAGCAAGUGCAAUAUAUUAUAAUGUACAUAAUGCUUUUGUUUGGAUGUGAUUUGAUGUCUGUUAUUUGUUACUCUUCCAUAUGUCUAAUAUCUAAAUACAUAAGACAUAUUGACCCUUCAGGUGCCUUCAUAGGUCUUGGUAAAGGAGUGUUAUUUUUAUAUUACAUCCACAUAUAUAUUAAAUUAUAUCCAGCCAUACAGAGUAGUGUUUUUCAGAAUUACAGUGAUAAUCCAAAUGUCCUUGUCUG